AAAGCUCUGCUCUUGUAUGUCUGUUUUAGGAUUUUAUGAUGCAGCAGACUAUGCUGCGGGUUAAAGAUCCAGUGAAAUCCUUGGAUUUCUACACCAGAAUCCUCGGCAUGACGCUCCUGCAAAAGUUUGACUUCCCCUCCAUGCGUUUCUCUCUCUUCUUCUUGGGCUACGAGGACAAGAAGGAGAUUCCUAGAGACGUGAAGGAGAAGACGGCCUGGGUAUUUUCCAGAAGAGCCACCAUUGAACUGACACAUAACUGGGGCUCUGAGUCUGACGAGAGCCAGUCUUAUCACAAUGGAAACUCGGAUCCACGUGGCUUUGGACACAUUGGAAUUGCAGUUCCUGACGUUUAUGCAGCCUGUAAAUUGUUUGAAGAGCAAGGAGUCACAUUUGUCAAGAAGCCAGAUGAUGGUAAAAUGAAAGGCUUGGCCUUCAUUCAGGACCCUGAUGGCUACUGGAUUGAGAUCCUGAGUCCUAACAAUAUGGUGUCCAUUACUUCGUAAAAACUGACAAGUGCAUACUUGUCUGCUGCAGUGCGUAGAGGCCGGACCUGCUGUGGCUUCACUGGGAGAAAAGAACGUUUGGGUUUAGCGAAGAAUUUAGCAACCUGCGCCAGAGAGCCGAGGGC